AUGGCUCUUCCCUCUGCACUGCUGGACACACUCGUGGACAAAGGGUUCAACUCCAUGGCUCUGCUGGCCUUCGCCGUGCCGGACGAAGCGGCCUUGGAGCACUUCACCGUCUCGAUUGUGGGACGCCCGCUGGGAGCUGAUCCAUCGGCCCCACUUCUCACAGCGGAUGCUGCUGCACUGCGGAGGCUUUACAAUCUGUGCAAGUCUGAAUGUGCAGGAGUUGGACCUGCUCAGCCCUCUGCAUUGCCGCCGGCGGGCCCGGGAAAGAGAAUCUUCUCCAAGGAGGAGAUUGCGGAGCUUAUGCAGAAGUUCAUGAAGGCCUAUCCAUCAGAACUCGUUCGCAAUGACAUCAUGCCUUCAUCUCCGUUUCUUGCACUGGUUCGUGAGCAUCUUGACUCCAAGCGUUUCAGUUGGAUCCCCUGGAGACUGCGUUCCUCUGCAUUCGACGAGGAGAGGUUUCUGGAGCAGCGUCGCCCUCGGACGGACGCCAAACUCCUGACUCGCCUUCUUCAAGAAGGCCAACCUGAGGAGGAGUGCACUGCAUCUGUUCCUCAGUCCGGCCCGGUGGAGCCUAUCGUGCGUCGGUUUUGGGACCUGCUGAUGUAUGCCGUUGCACUGCAUGAUGGUGCCCACUUGUUGCAUCUGAGGAAAGCAGCUGAGAAGUUUCUCAGCAUUGCUCUUGCGGUUCCCUCAGACCGCAACAUGCGGCCUCCUUCGCUGCAGGAGAUUGCCGAAGCCGACCGUGCACUCUGGAUCGGCGUCGCCUCCAUUCAGGCUGACCAGGGAUGGUCGCUGACCGACGCCCUUGCAGAAAUGAUUUUCGCGCGCCCGGACGUGUACACUGCAUUCAUUGGCGCCGCGAUUGAAACCGGCGACGCCUCCUGCUCCUCCUGCUGCAUCGGGUGCCAAUAA